GCCACGGCAAUUUCCUCUCCCGUUCAAACUCCCGGUGGAUCCCCGCCGCUGCACCGUGCUGUGCCGUGCUCCGCCGCCCGCCCUCCCUCCCGGCUCCGGGACAAUGUACAUGCAGGUGAUGACCCGCACCGACUCUCUGCUUCACCUGAAGAGGGUCCCCAGCAUCCGGUCCUGGUCCCUCCUCGUGGGAUUCUCCUCCAUUGGCCUGGCAGCCGCGUACUACAGUGGAGACAGCCUGGGCUGGAAGCUCUUCUACGUUGCCGGCUGUGUGUUCGUGGCAUUGCAGAACCUGGAGGACUGGGAGGAGGCCGUCUUUAACAAGAACACAGGGAAAGUCAUCCUGAAAUCCUUUAACCUGUACAAGAAGAUGCUGACCCUCUCCAGGGGCGACCACGACCAAGUGGUGAUGGGGCUGAAGGAUGUCCAGGAUGUGAACGUGGAGGAGGAGAAGGUCCGCUACUUUGGGAAAGGCUACAUGGUGGUUCUACGCUUCUCCACGGGGUUCUCACACCCCCUGACCCAGACCGCCAUCAUGGGCCACCGAAGCGACGUGGAGGCGGUUGCCCAGCUGGUCACCAGUUUCCUGGGUCUGCAUCGGCCGGCCAGCCCCACUGACCUGUCCCAGGGCAGCGACACUGAGGGCAGUGAUCUGGAGGACCCCAGGGCCCGGCUCUGACCGGACCCGCGUCCCCCUCCACGCCGCUUUCUGCCCCGUGGCCUCCUCGCCGCUGCUGUCGGGCCUCUGAGCCGAAGGAGGCCCCACGCUGUGGGGAGGGGAGCGUUCUCCCCCCUGCUUCUACUGCUCUGGGAGAGCGGCACCCCCAGACUGGCUCCUCCAGAUCCUCCCGGAGGAAGGAGGGGGAGGAAGAGGGGGAGAGGGGGACAUUGCUGCCUCCUCCGGGAAGCCUGGGCCAUCUCUUUCCCUGGUGCUGGGGUGGAGGUCCGGGUGCCCACUGGACCCCCUGAAAGCCUUUAGGUGUAGGUGAUCCAGGGCCCCUGCUCCCCCCACCCCCCACAGUCCUAUCACAGCUGGGCUAGCUGUACAUCCAGUCACAACCCACCUGUACAGACUAGGAGGGUGGAAUGGGAGCUUGCCCACCCCCUGCACCAGGGCCCCACCUGCCUCUCCUGGGUGCCUGCUGUGGGGUGGUAUGAGUGCAUGAGGGCACAGCGGGGUCUUGGGACCCUGGGUCCACCUGGCCCGGUCCAUCGGUGCCCGGAGAGCGGAGUGGGCCCAGGCAGCAGGGGACAAUCCUCAUGGACGCCGAUUACAGUACUGCAGGCAAGGCCACGUUCUGGGCAGCCCCCUGGGCAGCUCUGCCUCACUCUCCCCUGGCCCCUCAAGCUGGCGGGGGGGGGCUUCCUUUGGACGCGGCUCUGAGCCUCUUGGCUGCUGUAAGGAAGCCAGGGGCCGCCCCUCCCUCUAGACUGCCGAGAGGCAGGCGUGCCCGUGUACUUGACCACUCCGCUUUUAUGUCCAGCCGCCUGCUGCCCUCUGUAACUCGAGUUGAAGCCCGGAGCGUGUGCGUACACAUGACUGUCUCUACCCAAACCCGCACCCCAAUAAAUGACAUUCCAGACA